GGCAAAUCUAUUUCUCUUCACUUGCAAACCUGUGCGGUUAUUGCAAACACACAGUCCUAAGCGUAAAUUUCCAAAAUGCUUCUAUUCUCAAAGAUUCUGUGGGCAGUGGUGCUAACAGCCGCUCUCGCAACUUCAUCCAGCGCGUCUAGAAAAGGUAAAGGCGGUGGCAGCGGAAGGGGCGGUUAUGGUGGCCAACAAAGAAUGGGCUAUGGAGGUGGUCAUCCCUCACCAGCAAGAGGAUACGGGAAUCACGCUGCACCCAUGCAAAAAGGCUAUGGCGGUCACGCUGCUCCCGUAAGCGGAUAUGGCGGCGGUCACUCUGCUCCCGUAAGCGGAGGUUAUGGUGGAUCCGCAGCUCGGCAACCUAAGAAAGGAGGAUAUGGAGGUCCGAUGCAAGGAGGCUAUGGCGGUCACGCAGCUCCCGUAAGCGGAUAUGGAGGUCACGCUGCUCCCAUAAGUGGUGGCUAUGGAGGUCACUCUGCUCCCGUAAGCGGAGGUCAUGGUGGUCACUCUGCUCCCGUAAGCGGAUAUGGAGGUCACGCAGCUCCCGUAAGCGGAGGUUAUGGCGGUCACAGUGCGCCAAUGCAAGGAUACGGCGGCGGAGCUGCGGGAAAAGGAUACGGUCGUUAGUAUGCUGCUUACAAGCCACAACAAGAUCACGCUUAACCCUUAAAUUUUGGACUCAGUAUUCGCGUUUGAAAAGACAAACCCUUUCGGUUGACCACGAACUUGAAAUGUAAUUUCCCAAAAAAUACCGACAAAAAUAAACGUUUUUUUGUCUAA